AUGGAUAACAUUCACGCCCCAACUGUUGCCUCCGGACCCGUAUCCGGGGGUACUCCUCGCGAUCUGUCCAAAUUGUCCAUGCCAGAUCUGAUGCAGGAGAAAGAGCGCAUCGAGGCGGAACUGUCAGCUCUUAGUAGUGUCCUCCAGUCGCAUGGAGUACGCAUGACUUCGUCUCUCACUACCUUCGACGGUUUCCCCCGUGAUGAUAUUGACAUCGCGCAAGUUCGCACAACCCGUGUGCGCAUUAUUCACCUACGAAACGACCACAAGGAGGUAAUGAAGCUUAUCGAGAAGGGUGUUCACGCACAUUUCGCCAACCUACAAAAUGCGCAAGGCGCUGGCCCAACUACGAACGGCACCAACGUCCCAUCGGCGGUACAAUCGUCGACGAAUAACACUGCAUUGGGCACACCAUUUGCCAAGGUCAAUAGCGUGGUUUCAGGAAGUCCAGCAGACCAGGCGGGGUUGAAAGCUGGCGACGCAGUUCGAAGUUUCGGGAAUAUCAAUUGGUUGAACCACGAGCGCCUUUCAAAGGUUGCCCAAGUUGUUCAGGAAAAUGAAGGGCGUGCCGUAUCGGUAAAAGUUUCUCGGAAGGACGGUGACACCACGACGGAGCUGGACCUUCAGCUCACCCCUCGACAGAAUUGGGGCGGCCGUGGUCUUCUAGGAUGUCACUUGGUUCCCUUAUGA